AUGAGCUCAACGGGAGCCGUUAACGUCCGUGAAUCGCUCAUACAAAAACGUAAAUUGAUCGAUAAACAUCAGUCAACCGGAAUACGGAACGAUGAUCUUAAACAUCAUUCAACCGAUACUUUCGUUUCGUUGCCAGUUUUCCUGAACGGACGCUCGUACAGCUGCCUGGUAUGUCCAAAGUCCAGCACAUCCUGUUCGGAGCAGCAACAUCCACUGCAACGUUUGGUUUCGUACGAUGAACUGAUCUCGAAGUACGCCCGCAAGGUGAACAGUGAUCAGUACGAUGCCAUCGGUAUCUACACCUGUCCGUACUGUACCCUAGACCGGCUGACCGUCGACUCACUGUACGAACAUUCAUGCGAAGAACAUUCGCUGGCUGCAGCUAUUGGCGCGCAAAUACUUCCGAAAGUUCACUGUCCAGUUUGUGUGUGCUUCCGGUUGGAGAAUUCCUCUGCCUUCAUUCAGCAACACACCGGCGGUUUAUCGGAGCAUAUGCUCAGCAGGCAUUGCUUUGCCAGCACGCAUCAGUACCAGGACGAAUUUAAGCUUCGCAGCGAGUUCUGCUGCGAUGAUGAGUUUGAACUUAUCCGAUUUAGGGCUACAUUCUUAUCGCCCACAAUUAUUACCCCGGAAUUACUUUCAGGAUAUGCGGACGUCAAUCAGGAUGGCUUACAAUCGUACGGCAUCAACUCGAAGCAAUUACCACCAGUGUGUCCUAUUUGUUUGGAGCAAAUCGAUCCGGCAGCUUGUAAGAAUUUGCAGCUGUGUGUUCAUCAAUUCCAUGACUUGUGCAUUGACCGAUGGUUAGAAGAGAAAAAAUGCUGCCCAGUGUGUAGGUGUGAAUGUUCCUGA